GCGGCCUGGCGGAGGGGGGCCCCGGGGCGUGCGGGCCGCAGCUGCUCGCGUCCCCCCCGCUGGGCCUGUUGCUUCGCACGGAAGUUUCGAAGUGGGAGGAAAAGAGGGAUCGGGUGGGGCUCGCCCCAGGCCUGACCCGCUGCGUCCUCUGGGCCCGACACAGCUCUGCCCGUGGCCCUCAGCCCAGACCUCCUGGUGUUACUCCUGGAGCCCCCGCUCAGGCUUGUCUACACGGGGUCAUAGCCCGAAAGAGCUGAUGCUUAAUAGCCCAGUCCAGGCCCCCUGAAAUCAGGAAGUGCUGCAGGUCUGGACAGAGCACUGGCAGAUCUAGGGGCUUGUCUACAUGGGGAACUAUCGUGAAAUAAACUAGAGUUUGAAUUUUAAAGUGCAAUAGCUGUUAUCUCCCCCUGCGGACACAAUUAUUCUGCACUAAGAGCACCUUUGGCCCAUUUAGUUUAACCCACUUUGGAAGAUCUGCUCGCUCCCCUCAGUCCUGGCCUGCCGUACCUCCUAAUCGAGGCCUGGACUCCCCCUUAACGCAAACACACCCUCACCCAGACCUGUAAUGAAUGCCCUUUGCUAUUUUAUUGCUGGAUCUCUGCUCGGUGGCCUGCUCUGGUUGUGCUGAAUUGUGUAGUGGCUUUUCACUGUCGGUGAGUCGGUUUGACAGGUCGACGUUCAGGGCAGCAGAGUGUUCGGGGACUGUAAGAUGUAGGCCUGAUGGCAGGGCCGGGUGUUGUCACUUUCCAGUUUGUCAGUGGCAGCCAAAGCUUGGUCGCUGGUGCGUGGCGUUGCAUUUGGUAACUGAAGUGUUCUCCUGAAUUUAAGUGUUUGAAAUACAGCAUCAUGAAAGUGUCUUCGGGAAAAGCCAUGCCGACUCCUCGCCUCCCUCUGCCGGACAGUGUCUUAAACAUGUUCAAAGACCAGGAAGAGGAGGUCACGGAUGACAGCUCCAAGCAUGGCGGACGAGUGCGCAACUUCCCCCAUGAGCGGGGCAACUGGGCGACUUAUGUCUACCUGCCCUGUGAAAUCCAGGAGGAAUUGCUGGAGCUGCGGGAGCUCCUCGUUUCCCACGCCCGCAGGUACACGGUGUCGCUCACUGCCAUGGAGGACUUCCACGUCAGCCUCUCCCAGAGCGUGGUGCUGCGCUACCAUUGGAUAAACCCCUUAGUCCAGUCCCUCAAGGAACACGUAGCCUCCUUCUACAGGUUCUUCUGUACGGCCAGCCAGGUUAAGGUGUAUACCAACCAGCGCAAAACCAGGACCUUUGUGGGCAUGGAGGUCUCGUGUGGGCAUUCUCAGUUGCUGGAGCUGGUCUCGGAGGUGGAUAAAGUUAUGGAGGAGUUUGAUCUCCCAACGUUCUACAAGAACCCAUCGUUCCAUAUCAGCCUGGCCUGGUGUGCCGGGGACCUGACUGACAAGCUGGAAGGGCAGUGCCUCAAGGAGCUUCAGGAGAUUGUGGAUGGGUUUGAGGACUCCACGUUCCUGCUGCGAUUCCAGUGGGAUCAGAUCCGCUGCAGAUCUGGGAACAAGUUCUUCUCCUUCCCUUUGAGGUAGGAGACGGAAAGCCACGCACUCCAGCGGCUCCAACGCCUCUGCUAACUGUUGGACGGUUUGGAGUUUCACAUGCAUGCCGAGUUGCUCUUCUCAGCUCAUCAGCCUAGGGAGGUUUGUAGCCUCAAGCCAGGCUGCUUUUGUUUGAAGCCGCUGGCCCUAGAUGUGUGUAUAUGUGAGGCUGUUAGGUUAUUGUGCUGUGUAGACUGCCAUCAACAUAGGCAGUUCUAGGCUACCUGUGGUUGCCAGAUGUACUGACGUUUUAAGCUGUAGUCGCCUUCUAGUGCAGAGGCGAGGGAGGUUGCUAAGGGGGGGAGUGUUACACAGCUGGAAAUUGCACUGCAUUGCUAAGGGGAUCUAGAGCAUAGUUACUGUCCUGAGCUCUGAGUCCUUAGCUAUUAACUGCAAGAUCCAGGGGUGCAGAGUUAGGUCCUUCUCUCUGCCUACAGCUGCCUGGGGACCAGUCCCCUUAUGAAGCUCCUCCUCCCCGAUGCCUUUAUUGCCACACUGGAGAAAUUGAGCAUCAAAUCCUCAGUCCUUGCAAGUCCAGGUGGGAUUAAAUCUGGCAAAGCGGAGGAAGGCCCUUGACUUUCAGGGCUAAGCAGCCUAACUCCAGUUUGGGACUAGUGGAACGUGUUCAGUUUAAACGGAUCCACAGAGAGACUUUGUGGAAGAGAAGAGCAGCAGGGCCCCAAUUUUUAAGAGAAUUUUAAAAGGCACAGGGCAGGAUUUUAUCUUAAAUAGGAGGCUUGUCAUACUGCCACAGGCCCAAAAGAGGGCAGUGUUGGUUUUCCCAAGUGAACUGGCUAGCAAUAAGGGUAUUUGGCAGCCCUCUGAUCAUACCCAAGUUCAGAAUUACCUGCUGUUGUUUAGCUUAAUUUGGGCAAGCCAAGAACAUCGGUCUCCAGGGCGGGGCGCACCUUGCACCAGAACUAACUCCACUUUCAAAUGAAUCAAGCCAACUGGGUCCUGUAAUGACAGCCCUGGACUGUGAACUGAACUUCAGCUCCUGAAGAGAUCCUGUGCAGACUUACUUUCCUGCCCUUGACAGGUGCUUUAGCCUCUCAGGCAUUCUGGAGAGGGCAGGCAAGUGCUGCCCGGUAUCCAUCAUUCCAUAGUUGUCUGCCAGAAGAACCUGAGGCUUUUGUUUCAUUUCAAACCCUGGAUUCUAGUUGCCAUAAAGUUGUUUUCCUGGUAUAUUCUGGACCUGUAGGGCGUGAUUCUCAGAAGUGCUCCCCUUGACUUCAAAGGAAAUUGUGGGUAUUGAGUGCUUCUGAGAAUCAGCCCCUCCGUGGCCCUUCCCUCCAGUGAGAUAGCAGGGGGGUGGUGUCACUGGCCAACGUGGCUUCGAGAGAGACCAAUGUCACAGGGGUUUCAUUGCCAUUUAAAAUCGUGUUAAGAAGUCCUUUAUGUUUAUCAGCUUCUUAUCUGCAAUAUUUGCUUUAAAACAUUCUUAAUGGAUUCCCUGGAUGGGUUUGUAGGGGCCAGGAGAUGAAAUUCGCUGUUUUAAAAUUUUGUAUUAAAUAUAUAUAUAAAUAAAACCUUCUAUUUCUGCCUCUGG